AUUGCACAUCUAGCAAGUGAGGAAUGUGCAGUCUAAUGUGCCAGUCUUGAGUGAUGGUUCUGUUCUGCUGCUGCUGCUGCUAAUUUCGUGGCAAAGUUUGCAAAUAACAAAUAAUCGAUACAAAUUAUAUACUUCGUCAUUAUAUAAUUCUGCCAGGGUAGCAUCAUGGACGACUAUGUGAAAAGGAAGUUACAAGAAUGGGUACUCAGUGAGUACAUUGACAACUUUAAAGGUCAACAAAUUUCAGAAACAAAUUUCAAGCUCCUACUUGGUGAAGAAAAAGCUCAGGAGACCUUGAUUCCACCUUGGGGACCAAGGCUUCUAUUCAAAAAGAAACUUGGAGAAUUAUGUAACAACGAGAUUGAGCCCUCAACCAGUAAGAUGCUCUCUCCCUGUGCUACCUCUACUCCAGGCAAAAGGAAUACAGAUGAGGCUAAUCCACCAAUAGCCAAACGGCAUUGUGGCACUUCAUUGGGAAGAGCAGAUGACAUGACAAAGGGAAAACAGAUCAUGAAACGGGUCAGAGGCAAACUCCAAAGCAAACCUGCCGAUCAGCAAAGUUCAUUGAAGUUCAAAGAAUUCCUUAGCCAUAAAAUCAAAGUGUUGGAGACUGACAAAAAAGAGGUAGUGGGUGUAUUUGGGAAGACUGGGGCUGGUAAAAGCUAUUUGAUUAACAGCAUCUUGGAUCAGGGAAAUUUACUGCCCUCUGGAGAUGUCAGUGCAUGCACCUCAGUCAUGAUUCAGGUGGAGGCUAACAUGACCAGGGACGGAAAAUACACUGCAGAGAUUGAGUUCAUUACGCAAGAGGAAUGGGAAGAGGAGCUUCAGUCCAUCUUAGCAGAGAGAAAAUCAGAAGAGGGAAAUGAUGACGAGAAGGAGGACAGUGAUGGCGACACAGAUGAAUAUGAUGAUGCUGAUAAGAUCUAUGCAUUGUACAGAGAAGAUGGAAAUGAGGCAUCUGUGAACAAUCUGAUGGACAGCAGGCACUUUAAAUCAAUUCCAGAGUUUCUCUCAGGAAAAAAGAAAGAAUUUAAAACAUCUCAGGCAGAAGAACUCUCUAGAGAACUUUGGUGCUACUUACGGAGUGACAUACCGAGUAACGAACAACAAUAUUGGCCGCUUGUGAAGUCUGUGACCAUCAAGAUACCAAAUGUCAAAGACCUUCUGGAGCACAUUGUGCUGAUUGAUCUUCCAGGCAAUGGAGACUGCAACAAGAGUAGAGAUGAGAUGUGGAAAUCGGUUGUUGGAAGAUGCACCACCGUGUGGAUUGUGAGUGAAAUUAAUCGACCAGUGUCAGAGAAGGAAGCUUGGGAGAUCUUAGACAGAAGUGUCAGCUACUUGGGACACGGUGGACAAUGUCGAAGCAUCAGUUUCAUCUGCACAAAAACAGACAACAUCUGUGUGGAUGAUGACAUGAACAAAGAACGUGACAGUAUAUUGAGCAGAAAUAAGGUUGCCAAGAAAAAGGUGGAAGAGAAAUUCAACAAGCAACCAAAAAUCAAGGUAAAUUACAGUGCCAUUAUUUCAUGCCUAGAAAAAAAUCCUUAUUUAUUUUAUUUAUGCUCUUACUUUCAAUCACCAACCUUUCAGGAACAUUUCAACAUUGACAAGGACUUUUUCCAAGUGUUUACUGUGAGUUCCAAGGAAUACCGGAAGAACAGUGUUUUACAGCCAGAAGACACAGAAAUACCCAAACUUCAGGAAUUUCUUAGAAAUCUCAAUGAUCGUCGCACAAAGACUUCAGAUUAUGUUUCUGGAGCCUAUGGGAUACUCUCUCUGAUACAAGGAGCCAAAAGCAGCGACAUGACAGACAGAAAAAAAGAGGUGUGCCAGGUUCUGGAAAAUAACCUGAAAGAGGGGCUCGAAACCAUUGGUCAAUCUAUGGAUGAGGCUUAUGAAGCUUUUGAACGAUGCCUCUCAGAAGGAGUUCGACAGUCAGUAGAAACAUGUGAGAAAAUUGCCAAGGAUAAAGUGAUAGAACCAAAGGGAAGAAAUGGCAGAGGGUAUCAUAAGGUAUUGAAGUCCUUAUGCAAGAAUAACGGAGUUUACAAACCAAUCAGAAAAAAGGGAAAGAAAAGGCAAAUGGAAAUAAACCUUAAUGACAGUUUGGCCUCAUGUAUGAGAGAUCUCAGCAAUGAAACGUUCAAGAAAUAUUUCCCAAAUCAAGGCAAGGGCAGCUCAAUCAAUGAUUUGAUUGAUAACUUCACCCUUGACACAAACAGCUUGGUUGAGGAGCACCCAGAAGUGUCAUUGCAUCUGACAUUCCUCAAGACAGAGGAAACCAAGUUGAAGGCAAAACUAAAGAGGGACAUCCGUGAGAGGAAGAAAGAAAUCUACAACAUUCUCCCAAAGUCAAUCAGUGACACAAUGCGCCCAUGCUAUGAAAGGGCGGCACAGUACACGGGAACAGACAGUCUGGAGAGUAUGCGAAAGGAGCUGAGGAAUCACUUGAAGACAUUUAAGGAAGAAAUGUUCCACAAGGCCAAGAAAGAGAUGCUGGAUCUCCUCAAAGAAAUGAAGGUGCGACCCAUUCCUAUUCCUCCCUCCCUCCCUCCCUCCCCCGCACGGGCUCGUGUUGUGGACAUAUCUAUGUGUAAAACAAAACAUCAUGGAAACACAUUGUGGAGGAGCUGGAGCAUGAACUACAAGAAUCCAUGAGCCAGUCACUCAAGACGCCUGACAACUUGCUCGUCCCAGAUGUCUCUGAGGAAUAUGAAGAGAUGAAGAAGUGCUACGAGACACUGCCCAGCAGCACCAAUGCAACAACAACAACUGCCUGAUCUAGAAAAGCCUGUCUAAAAUCACAGUCAAUCUGGGAUUUGCAGGCUAAUUAGAUAAUCAUAAUAAGGUUUUUUGUCUCAAUAUAUUUUCUCUUCUCUAUCAUAGCCUAUUUGAUAUGCACCACUAACUAACCAAGCAGUACUACUGUAUGCCUGUAUGUUUAAUAUUAGUAUUGUAAAGAUUAUGGGUAGGAGUUACUGGGCUCCCAAGUGGCGCAGCAGUCUACGGCACUGCAUCUCAGUGCAAGAGGUGUCACUACAGUCCCUGGUUUGAAUCCAGGCUAUAUCACAUCUGGCCGUGAUUGGGAGUCCCAUAGGGUGGCACACAAUUGGCCCAGCAUCAUCCGGGUUUGGCCAUCAUUGUAAAUAAGAAUUUAUUCUUAACUGACUUGCCUAGUUAAAUAAAGGUAAAAAAAUAUAUAUAUACUGGAUAAUGAUAAACGUUUGGAUCAGCAUGUUAUUAAUCUUGUAUUUUUUAUAUACUCCAUGUUAAGAGAUGUACUUUUGUCACUUAGAAUGUAAACUUUGUUAUAGAGCAAUAUUUCUCAAACUAAUUUGUACUGGAAAGCCCAUCGUUCUCAGGCCUGAGGAAUCGCUUACCAGUCACCUGUCAGCAACAAAGAGCUCUGUGCUGGUCCAUGAACUGGAUUUGAGAAAUGUUUAACACGGUUCUACUGGAAUUGUUUUGUAUUUUUUACAUAAAUACUGUAGUCCUUUUACAUGAAUAUGGACAGAUACUGUAUCUUUGUGUGAUUUGUAACAAUGUAUGACAUUUUAUAUUGUAGAUGUAACUUAAUAAUACAUCUCUUUAGUCUGUACUAUAUUACUGGACUCUACAACAGCAUGGUGUGUUUUCUGUUGAUCAUUCAUUUCUGAACACUCAAUGUCAUCGCUAUCUCAGUUUGAAAUGUCAUGAUUUUUCCCGCAAUAAAAAUUACUGCCACUGAA